AGGGGGGCGAAUGAUUGACGGAGCCGUGCGCGGUGAUUCCGACCUCCCUGUGUGACCGCCCCGUCGAUAACCGGACGGAACCCCGACAGCACAAACCCCGAAAACAGACGGGCAAGUAAGGAUAGGCCACAUUCAUCUCCACAAACCCCGCCCAGCCUCGCAGUUGAGUGGCUGCAAAGUGUACGCGGGUUCCGCGGCGCCGCAGCUGAUUGGACAGUCCCGCUGUCCAUCUCGCUACUUCCUAACUGUAUCAAGUUAAUGUGGAUCGGAGCUGAGUCGCGGGUGUUUUGCUCCGCCGAGCUUCCCGCACACGUUUGUUUAUCUUCGUUCGGGCGCCUCGCUGCAAGGGAAGCCAAAGAGGACGGGGAUCGCGUCCCCGGCUGCGGAACUCCGUCGGAUCAAUGGUUGCAUAGAGCGUAUCGCCUGGUAAUCGUUCCACCAUGGGCAAUGGGAUGUGCUCCAGGAGACAGAAGGGGCUCCUUCAAACGGGAUUCUGUGUUCUAGUUGUACUUUGUUUUGGGUUCGGGCUGUACACCUACACCCACCUAAAGGAAAAUGUGCGGAGCGCCGAGAUAUUGGCUGAGAAGUACAAGCAACAGCAGGAAUCUGUCUCGGCUCAGUUACAAGUUGUGUAUGAACAUCGGUCCAGGCUGGAGCGCUCUCUACAGAAGGAACGGAACGAGCACAAGAAGACAAAGGAAGAUUUUCUAGUGUAUAAAUUAGAAGCUCAAGAGUCAUUGAACAAAGAGAAGCAAGAUGCCAUGAAUCGAUACGGCGCUCUCAGUUCCCAGCACAAGAUCCUGAAGAACCAGCACGACGAGGUGAGGAAGCAGCUCACAGAGCUGCAGCUCCAGCACAGCGGCCUGCAGCUGGAACACAGGAAGGCAGCCGAGGCCCACAGCCAGCAGUACCUGCAGUUUCGUCAGCAGAAGGAGCUGGAGAUCAGCAGCCUACAAGAAAACAUCCUAAAGCUGAAGCAGGAGAGCAGGCAGCUGCGCAAGGCCCACCAGGAGAUGCACGACCAGCUGGCGAAAGCUCAGGGCCAGGUGCAAGAGUUCAGGCAGCUGAAGGAAGCUCUCAACGGAAUGCCAAGUUUCAAAAACCCCGGACAAAAGCAAGAACAAAAUCAGGCAGGGCAUAGGCAGUCCUGGGGUCCUGCAAGCAGCCAGUCAAAGUUCACUGAGCAGAAGCCACCGCCAUUGGCAAGGGGAGAACGUGCGGCGACUCCCAGGAGACUUGCGGAACAAGACACAGGGAGGGGCCCGGCCCGACCGAAUGAGGGGCUGCAGGAAAGUCCCGCGCCGAAGGCCACCCCCGCCUGGGGGCUGAAAGACCAGCUGAGCCUCCCGGAGGCGGGAGCUAAUCACGUGCCUCGGGUCACCAGGACAGCGAAUAACCUGCACCCAGAGAACCAGGGUGUGAAGGCAUUGGUCAAUGGCCAGAUCCGGACACUUGGUGGCGCCACUGAGCAAGACCGCCAGCUGGAGAGAGACGUGGCUGCCCAGCAACAAGAGCACCUCAUGUCCAACAAGUUGCAGUCGGAGGGCCGUCCGGUCAAUCGUCAAUGGCCACCGAAAAGAUGGGAUGAGAUCAUUAACGAUGUGAACAGAGUCAUCCACUUCGAAUCAGACAACCAGCUCGGGCAGCGUCCCGCUCCCCACCCGGAGAACAGCCAGGAGCCUCGGGCCACCCCUGCCAAGUCCACCAGCAGCCAUUGGGGUGCCGGCCACGGGAAUGCCAACUGGAGCGUGGAUCGCGCCAGGGACGGGAAGGAGGAGCAUGAGACGAUGAACAAUGGAUUAAAGGAAGUGGAGAAAAUGGACGCAGGGAAGCUGUUUGCACACGCCAUGUCAUCUCGGAGACAGUUGAUUCCGCAGGAACCUCUGAUUCCAGAUAUUGACCAGGACCCUGCUCAGGACCCCAACAACCAGGGAGAGGAUGAGUUUGAGGAAGCUGAGCUGGAGAGGCCGGGCUUUGCAGCAAAGGCAACUGGGCUCGGUGCGCUGAAGGAUCAGCUGCUGCUGAAGGCCGGUGCCAAGAACGUCGAUGCAGCAAGUAGAGAAGGAGAUAAUGCAAUGGACGAAUACCAAGAAGACCAGGAGGCAGAAAAUGAGGAUAUCGGAGCCGAGAUGGAUGAUGAAGAUCCUGACGCAGCUCGCAAAGAUAACAUUGAAGAAGACGCCAGAAUUCAAGACGAUGAAGCCAACAAGGAAGAAGAAUAUUGAAUCCAGAUAUCGAUGGAGCACUGUGGUAUGAUAUGGAGCAGUUUCUCAUUCCCAAAAUGAGGAGACGGGGAGCUGAGUUAUGGAAUGAGAGCAGAUCCUAUCCUAGUGGAAUUCUCUGAACUGCAAGACCGAGGCAGACGCUGAUAUCUGAACGUUAGAUUUUCCAUUUGACCUUCUACAAACAACUUGAUCCCAACAAGUUUGUUUCAAAGCAGAAUUUAAGUAUCGACUGAUGCUUGGCUUUGUCUAAAUGUAUUAUUUGUCCAAAGGUAAUGGACUGUGGUAAUAUUCAGCUCCAGGGGAAUUUGAAGCUGGUCAGGAGGAAGCAGAAACAUUCCAUUAAUGGUCCCACUUUGAAUGAACCAGAAAGGACACCUAAACUGCUGGUUCAAUGGGAUAAAAGGGCAUUGAAGUGAUAAAUAGUGUAAAAUAAAUUGCGUCCAUUUUGCCUUGUGCACUAGAGCGCAUAUUGGAUUUUUUUUACAGCAUGAUUUCUGGAAAAUAUAUAUUUUUCACAUGUCAGCAAUCUGAUAUUGAAAAUGAGGAAUCCCGUUGAAUCUAUAAAGAAUGAUCAUUGACUGGAGAUGGUGGAGAAGAGCAAAGCCUUGGAGGCUGUUAUACAAUACAGACUGACUCUUUCUCACAUGCUGAAUUUAUUCUUUGCUUUUUUACAGUGUAGUGUUCAAAGUAAAUUUAUUAUCAAAGUAUAUAUAUGUCACCAUAAACAACCCUGAGAUAUGUUUUCUUGCGGGCAUACUCAGUAAAUUCAAGGACCAUAAUAGAAUCAAUGAAAGACCGCACCCAACAGGAUGAACAAUCAAUGUGCAAAAGACAAAAUACUGUUCAAAAUACAAAAGAGAAAAUAAUAAUAAUGAGCAAUAAAUAUCGAGAACAUGAGAUGAAGAGUUCUUGGAAGUGAGUUCAUAAAUUGUGGGAACUGUUCAGUGCUGGGGCAGGUGCAGUUGAGUCAAGUUACCUCCUCUGGAUCAAGAGUCUGGUGGUUGAGGGUUAAUAACUGUUCCAGAGCCUGGUGGUGUGAGUCCUCGCGCUCCUGUAUCUUCUUCCUGAUGGCAGCAGUGAGAAGAGAGCAUGUCCUGUGUGGUGGGGGUCCCCGAAGGUGGACCCUGCUUUCCCGUGACAGCACUCCAUGUAGGUGUGCUUAAUGGUGGUGGGGGGCUUUUACCCCUGAUGUACUGGGCGGCAUUAGUGUUUCCAUACCAGGCCGUGAUACAACCAGUCACUAUACUCUCCAUCACACAUCUGUAGAAAUUUCAGCUUUAGGUGUCAUGCCAAAUAUCCGCAAACUCCUCAGGAAGUAGAGGCACUGCCAUUCUACCUUCUUCAUUACACUUGCAGGACCUCCAAAAUGAUAACACUGGGGAAUUUAAAGUUGCUGAUAUUCUGCACCUCUGAUCCCCAUAUGAGAACUGCCUUGUGGACCUCUGGUUUCCUCUUCCUAAAAUCAAUAAUCAGCCCCUUGGUCUUGCUAACAUUGAGAAAGAGGUUGUUGUGACACCACUCAGCCAGAUUUUCAAUCUCCCUCCUCUAUGCUGAUUCGUCACCACCGUUGAUUCGGCCAACGACAGCGGUGUCAUCAGCAAACCUGAAUUUGGCAUUGGAGCUGUGCUUCGCCACACAGUCAUAGUGAGUAGAGCAGGGGGCCUAAGCACAAAGCCUUGUGCCGAUGGAGAUGUUGCCAAUCUGAACUGGGGUCUGCAAGUGAGGAGAUCGAGGAUCCAAUUGCACAAGGAGGUAUUGAGGCCCAGGUUUUGAGGUUUACUGAUUUGGGAGGAUGAUAGUAUAGAAUGCUGAGCUGUAGUCGGUAAAGAGCAUCCUGAUGUAUACAUCUUUGCUGAACUGAUGUACCAGGGUUGAGUGAAGAGCCAAUGGAGAUGCAUCUGCUGUGGAUCUGUUGUGCCAGGAGGCAAACUGGAGUGGAUCCAAGUUGUGUCUCAGGCAGGAGUUGAUUUUCUUCAUCACCACCCUGUCACUGUGGAUGUAAGUGCUGCUGGAGAGCAGCCACUGAGGCAGCUCACCACAUAGUACGUUUAGCUGUGUCAUCUGGGUCAUCUGUGUCUAUUUUGAGGAGAAGUUACAAUAACCGGCCACCACUUUUUUUUCCGUUUUCUGUUCUGUAACCCCAGGUUUUGGAUCAUCGAAUAACUGGUUCUGCUUGCAUCACUAUCACUUCAACUGAUCGAUACCUCCAGCUCCAUGUGGACUGAAGCCAAAACAGCGGCCACCCUCAGCGGCUGCCUGGUGAUUUCGGCAGUCCAGCAGAGCUGGUCAGCAGUGCUGACUCAUCUCUCUGAUGUAGCUGAAGGGCACGGUGGGUUCUGCCACACCCCUCUAGAUGGAUCUGUUUACCCAUCUCUUCAAUCCAAUGAGAUAUUCAUCAAUAAGGCCAUGUUUCAGUCUGCUUCCAUACCAAGACUGGGCACGUGGCCAAGUGGUUAAGGCGUUCGUCUGGUGAUCUGAAGGUCGCCAGUUCAAGCCUCAGCUGUGGCAGUGUGUUUGUGCCCUUGAGCAAGGCACUUAAUCACACAUUGCUCUAGUCUGUGUGAGGAGUGGCGCCCCACACAGACUUCCAAUCUGUGCCUUGUAAGGCAUGAAAAUGCCUGACGCAGGCCUCCUAAGGUCUGAGUCGAUGUUCCCUCCCUCCCCCUCCACACUAAGUGUUUUAACUGAAACAUUUUAGUGUUUUUCUUUCUAUAAUGUUUAAUCUUGUAUGCAUCAUCUCCCAAGUGAUGUGGAGCAAGAGUGUUAAAAGCCCGAUACAGGUUACAGCAAGAUCCCAUUCCCGUGAACGGUUCAUAACACAGACAGUUCACAAGCCAGAAAUACGACCACGAGCCAAGUACCCACAGGGCAGAGGAUGCCUGCAACUCCACAACGGCAGCGAGGGCAGCAUGUGAGGGAAACGGCUGGCGUAACACUCUUACGGUGUCAGCAAGCUGGCUUCAACUCCGCCGCUGCCUGCAGGAAGAAGUUUGUACGUUCUCUCUCUGAUCGCCGUGGGUCUCCCCCGGGUGCCCGGAUUUCCUCCCACCUUCCAAAGACGUACGUGUUAAAUGGUCACAUGGGUGCAACUGGGAGGCACAGACUCGUUGGGCCGGAAGGGCCUGUUACUGUACUGUACCCCUAAAUAAAUUAGUAAUUGGUUCGUAUGUACGGUCUGUAAGUCUUGUGUUCUUAAGCUGAAGCUGACCUGUAAUACGUUAACUUCUGUAGAUCUGUAAGGU